AGAGGAAGAGGUCCUAAGCAGUUUAUUCCUUAGUGAAAAACUGGUUAGAGGAGCUUAAUCCUCCUCAAGAAACCAGAGACACAUCCUUCAACAGUUCCACCUUUGUAUUUUUUCUGGAUUGGUGGUGUCAUAAAAUUGUUGUUAUAGUGAAAAAAGAACAAACACAAAAACAAAGUAGUAAAAGGGUAUGUAGUAGAGAAGAAACAAGAUUAUUGAAUAUUCAAGAGAUUGAUUUGAUUCCACAAAAAACACAAACAUGUCUUCUUUAGAUUCAACUUGGAUCACAUCUCUUUCAUGUUCACCUUCUUCAGGUGAUGCUGUUGCUGCAUAUGCAUUACCUCAAUGGUUGAGAUUCAUUUUCCUCUCACCAUGUCCUCAAAGAGCUCUUCUUUCAGCCGUUGAUGUCUUACUCUUGUUUACUCUAUUAGUCUUUGCCAUCACAAAGCUUUAUUCUAGGUUCACUAGUUCCAAUAGAACCCACUCAGAAGAAAUCAACAAACCACUUAUCAGUAACACAAGAGCUUUGAACACAAGAACAACUCUAUGGUUCAAGCUAACUCUAAUUGCAACCAUUGUUUUAACUGUAUUGUAUACUGUUGGUUGCAUUUUAGUUUUUAGCAGUUCCAAUGUUGAAUCACCAUGGAAACAACUUGAUGGACUUUUUUGGGUUGUUCAAGCAAUAACUCAAUUAGUCCUUGUAAUCUUAAUCAUCCAUGUUAAAAGAUUUGAAGCUGUUGUUCACCCUUUAUCGCUUCGAAUUUAUUGGAUUGCAAAUUUCGUUGUUGUUGCUUUGUUCACUGCUUCUGGUGUUAUACGUUUGGUCUCUUUGGAGGGAAGUUACUUUUUCAUGGUGGAUGAUGUUGUGUCUUUUGUUUCAUUGCCUUUUUCACUUUUUCUGCUUUGUGUUGGUGUUAAAGGUUCCACUGGUGUUAUUAAGUCAAGAGACGAAUCUCAAUUGGUUAUUGAUAAUGACGAGGAAACAAAACUAAAUGGUUAUGAUGAUCAUGGUUUGAAUAAACCAAAUGCUACUACUGGUUUUGCUUCAGCUUCUCAGUUUUCUAAGACCUUUUGGAUUUGGUUAAACCCUUUGUUGAGUAAAGGGUACAAGUCACCGCUUAAUAUCGAUGACGUUCCAUCCCUUUCUCCACAGCAUAGAGCUGAGAGAAUGUCUGUUAUCUUUGAAUCAAAAUGGCCUAAAUCGGAUGAGAGGUCGAAGAAUCCAGUAAGAGUCACGUUGCUUCGGUGUUUCUGGAAGGAUAUAAUGUUCACUGCUUUUCUUGCUGUCAUUAGGCUGUCUGUUAUGUUUGUUGGACCCGUUUUAAUUCAAAAUUUUGUUGAUUUCACUUCUGGAAAAGGUAGUUCUGUGUAUGAAGGAUACUAUCUAGUGCUGAUUCUUGUUGCAGCAAAAUUUGUUGAAGUUUUGACAACUCAUCACUUCAACUUCAACUCUCAGAAACUUGGAAUGCUUAUUAGAUGCACUCUCAUUACUUCUUUGUAUAAAAAGGGGUUGAGGCUAUCUUGUUCUGCAAGACAGGAUCAUGGUGUUGGUCCUAUUGUGAAUUACAUGGCUGUUGAUACACAACAAUUAUCUGACAUGAUGCUUCAGUUACACGCCGUUUGGAUGAUGCCGUUUCAAGUUGGUAUUGGUUUGUUUUUGCUGUACAAUUGUCUCGGCGCUUCGGCACUUACCGCGCUUGUUUGCCUUCUUCUUGUUAUCGUGUUUAUCGUGAUAACAACUCGACAGAACAAAAACUACCAGUUUCAGGCGAUGAUAAGCCGUGAUUCGAGAAUGAAAGCUGUGAAUGAGAUGCUUAAUUACAUGCGUGUUAUCAAGUUUCAGGCAUGGGAGAAUCAUUUCAACGAUAGAAUCUUGAGUUUCCGUGGGUCCGAAUUCGGGUGGCUAUCGAAGUUUAUGUACUCGAUUUGUGGCAAUAUCAUUGUGUUGUGGAGCUCUCCUAUGUUGAUAUCAACUCUCACUUUUGGUACCGCGCUUUUGCUUGGAGUUCGACUUGAUGCUGGAACUGUUUUCACUACAACGUCUGUGUUUAGGAUUCUGCAGGAACCUAUUAGGACUUUUCCUCAGUCAAUGAUAUCUCUUUCACAAGCUUUAGUAUCACUUGGGAGGUUGGAUAGGUACAUGUCUAGCAGGGAACUAAGUGAUGAUUCAGUUGAGAGAAAUGAAGGGUGUGAUGGAGUAAUUGCUGUGGAUGUUCAAGAUGGUACCUUUAGUUGGGAUGAUGAAGGCCUAGAACAAGAUUUGAAAAAUAUUAAUUUGAAGGUUAAUAAGGGAGAACUCACAGCUAUUGUUGGUACUGUAGGGUCUGGCAAAUCUUCUCUUCUUGCAUCAAUUCUCGGUGAAAUGCACAGAAAUUCUGGAAAGGUUCAAGUUUGUGGGAGUACUGCUUAUGUUGCGCAAACUUCUUGGAUUCAAAAUGGGACAAUUGAAGAGAACAUUCUGUUUGGUUUACCAAUGAACAGACAAAAGUACAAUGAAAUUAUCAGAGUUUGUUGCUUGGAAAAAGACUUAGAAAUGAUGGAAUAUGGGGAUCAGACAGAGAUUGGAGAGCGUGGCAUAAACCUUAGUGGCGGUCAGAAGCAGCGUAUUCAACUUGCACGAGCUGUAUACCAAGACUGUGACAUAUAUCUUCUUGAUGAUGUAUUCAGUGCAGUUGAUGCUCAUACCGGCACUGAAAUAUUUAAGGAAUGCGUGAGGGGAGCUCUAAAAGGAAAGACCAUUGUUCUUGUAACACACCAAGUAGACUUCUUACAUAAUGUGGAUCGUAUUGUGGUGAUGAGGGAUGGAAUGAUAGUUCAAUCGGGUCGAUACAAUGACUUACUUGAUUCUGGAUUGGAUUUUGGUGUUCUAGUAGCUGCGCAUGAGACAUCUAUGGAACUAGUAGAACAAGGCGCGGCCGUGCCUGGUGAAAAUUCAAACAAACUGAUGAUAUCUAAGUCAGCGUCUAUUAACAACAGAGAAACCAAUGGUGAAAGUAAUUCUCUUGACCAGCCUAAUUCUGCUAAGGGAAGUUCAAAACUUGUCAAAGAAGAGGAAAGAGAAACCGGUAAAGUUAGCUUCAAUAUCUAUAAACGCUACUGCACUGAGGCUUUUGGAUGGGCGGGAAUUUUAGCAGUGCUCUUUCUUUCUGUGUUGUGGCAAGCGUCUAUGAUGGCUAGCGAUUAUUGGCUUGCAUUUGAAACCUCAGUCGAGCGUGCUGAAGUUUUCAAUCCUGUUGUGUUUAUUUCCAUCUAUGCAGCUAUUACUAUAGUUUCAGUUAUUUUGAUUGUGGUGAGAUCCUAUUCUGUAACAAUCUUUGGGUUAAAGACAGCACAGAUUUUCUUCAAUCAAAUUCUUACUAGCAUCUUGCAUGCUCCCAUGUCUUUCUAUGACACCACUCCAUCAGGGAGGAUUCUAAGCAGGGCAUCCACUGAUCAGACCAAUGUUGAUAUCUUCAUCCCUUUGUUUAUCAAUUUUGUUGUGGCCAUGUAUAUUACAGUGAUCAGUAUCGUCAUAAUCACAUGCCAGAAUUCUUGGCCAACGGCUUUCUUGCUAAUUCCUCUUGUUUGGUUGAACAUAUGGUACCGGGGUUAUUUUCUUUCUACCUCUCGUGAAUUAACACGUCUGGAUUCAAUUACAAAAGCACCUGUCAUUGUUCAUUUCUCCGAAAGCAUUUCUGGGGUCAUGACAGUCCGCGCAUUCAGAAAACAGAAAGAAUUUCGUUUAGAAAAUUUUAAAAGAGUGAACUCUAAUUUGCGAAUGGAUUUCCACAACUAUAGUUCCAAUGCGUGGUUAGGUUUCCGCUUAGAAUUGCUUGGAAGCUUGGUUUUCUGCCUUUCGGCUUUGUUCAUGAUCCUGUUACCCAGCAAUAUCAUAAAACCAGAAAAUGUUGGUUUAUCUCUAUCUUAUGGAUUGUCGUUGAACUCGGUGCUGUUCUGGGCUAUAUACAUGAGCUGUUUCAUUGAAAACAAAAUGGUAUCUGUUGAGAGGAUAAAACAGUUCUCAAAUAUUCCAUCAGAAGCAGCAUGGAACAUUAAGGAUCGCUCGCCUCCUCCAAAUUGGCCUGGUCAAGGCCAUGUUGAUAUCAAAGACUUGCAGGUCAGAUAUCGUCCAAACACUCCUUUGGUUCUUAAAGGCAUUACUUUAAGCAUUAGUGGAGGAGAAAAGGUCGGUGUUGUUGGUCGAACGGGGAGUGGAAAAUCGACUUUGAUUCAGGUUUUCUUCAGGCUGGUGGAACCUACUGGAGGGAAAAUAAUCAUUGAUGGCAUUGACAUAUGUGCCUUAGGACUUCAUGAUCUCAGAUCUCGAUUCGGUAUCAUCCCUCAGGAGCCUGUCCUUUUCGAAGGAACUGUCAGAAGUAACAUUGAUCCAACUGGACAGUAUACGGAUGAUGAGAUAUGGAAGAGUUUGGAUCGUUGUCAGCUAAAAGAUACAGUGGCGUCAAAGCCUGAGAAACUUGACUCAUUAGUGGUUGACAAUGGAGAUAACUGGAGUGUGGGGCAGAGGCAGUUGCUGUGUUUAGGGAGGGUUAUGCUUAAGCAAAGCAGACUGCUAUUUAUGGACGAGGCUACAGCUUCUGUUGAUUCUCAAACCGAUGCUGUAAUUCAGAAGAUCAUCAGAGAAGACUUUGCGGCUCGUACCAUCAUCAGUAUUGCUCAUAGGAUACCAACGGUCAUGGACUGCGAUCGAGUGUUGGUUGUAGAUGCAGGUCGUGCGAAAGAAUUCGACAAACCUUCAAACUUGCUCCAGAGGCAAUCGCUCUUUGCAGCUUUGGUUCAAGAGUACGCCAACCGUUCUACUGGAUUAUAACAAAACUCCGGUUCUUCUUCACACCAUCAACAUUUAUAGCAUGACAAUAACAAAAAACAAAACAUAUCUUCCUUAAGUAUUGCAUGGAGUAAGAUGGCUAUGUGCUGUAGAAAGGAGACACAACUUUUGUAGAGAGGUUCAGUUCACUGUUAAGGCAGCAUUGUAAAAUGAUGUAAUGAUGAGCUGAUUCAUUGCCGGUGUAUUUUGACCAUGAAGUGUGUGUGCAACUCUUUUAGAUGGUAUUAUAAUUACACUCGGUUAAAGACUUAAAGUAGUAGUGUUAGUAGUAGUAGUACAAAAAUGUAGCGAUAGAAGCUUCUGAUUUUAUUAAUACUGCAUCCAAGUGCAAUAACUAAGAAGUUACAUGACAUUAUAUAUUGAAUAAUUUGAAAAACUAGCACAUUUGAAAAUUUUGAA